AUGACCCAGCUCAGAUCCCUUCACCUUGGGUCUAAUAAGCUCUAUGGUUCAAUCCUCCAUAGCCUUUCCCCUUGCAAGAGCUUGAACAUAUCCAACCUUGGCCACAACAACCUUGAUGGUCAAAUCCCUGAAAGUUUCAAGAAUCUCAAUGCCCUCACAGUGCUUUCACUCUCAAGGACCAACCUGAAGCCUCAAGGUACUCAGCAUUGCCUACGGCGAACUGCGGGGAUCGAUCCCACCAUGGUUGCUUGGCUGCAACGGGUUACAAUUCUUGGACUUGUUGACGAACCAUCUGACCGGAACCAUUACCUGUUUUACCUGGAUUUGUCAAACAAUUCAUUCACAGGUGAGAUACCAAAAGGGUUAACUCAACUACAGGCCCUCAUCGACAUUGACAAUUCGUUGUUAGGGACUUCUUUAGGAUUCCCUUUGUUCAGCACCGGUAUUGACGGUGCAACUUUUCUUUACAAUAACAUCAUAAGUUUCUUACCAACAUUGGACCUGAGUUACAACAUGAGUGGAACCAUUUGGCCAAGUUUUGGCAACUUGAGAAGGCUUCAUGUUCUAAACCUCAACAAGAAUCGCUUGAGAGGCUCGAUCCCAGAGCCUUUGUUGGGGAUGAAAAACUUGGAAACCCUGGACUUAUCUCGUAACAAAUUAUCUGGAAAGUACCAGAAUCACUUGUGCAGCUCAGUUUUUUGUCCAAGUUCGGUAUGGCAUAUAAUGAACUUCAUGGGGAAAUCCCCAUGGGAGGCUCCUGUUGAUGAAUCUCCAAGUGAAGCAAUGACAGUAUUUGGUCCACAAUUCGGAUUCGGUGUUGCUACUGGCUUUGUUCUCACCAUUAUCGUCUGCUUUAUGUCUGGUUGGAUCCUUCCAAGAAAGACAACAUUCAAAUAUAGAUGCUUUACAAGUAAAUCCAGUCACCAUGACUAG